AUGGUGAGAUUACAAAAUUGUUAUUUAAGUUAUGCCCCUUAGAAUAAAUAAAUUAAUGCUGAAGGAUCCUUUGAAAUUACAAAUUUAUUCUUAAAAUAAAGAUAUGGAAUCAAUUUCUAAAAUUUGAUUAGGAAUGAAGAUAAAAUUUAUUUCUUUGAAAAACUUUUAGAAUCAUUCACAUUACAAACAUUUUCGAAACCUUUUGAAGAGAAUGAUGAUGAAUUAUUCAAAUAAAAUGCAAUUCUACUUAGAGAUUUAAAUUUCGGUGGAACAAACAAAAUAUUUUAUGAUAAGAAUCAUUUUAAAAUACCAAUAAAUUUUUCUUUGAUUGGUGCUAAUGAUAUUCCGUAAUUUGUUAGAAUAGAGUUAUAUAAUGAAGAAUAAAUUGAAUAAUAUUGUAUAUUACUUAAUAUAACAGAAGAGUAUUGGAUAAGACCAGUAGUAUCAUAAGUAUGCAUAUUAUAUUUAUAUAUUUAUAGCAGGACAAAAAAAAGAAGUAAUAAAAAUAUAAUAAAGAAUUUAAAGUUGCUGGUUAAUACUAUUUAUCAUAAAUAUUAUAAUAAUGUGGAUGGUUUAUUUUAGAACAUCAUAUUUAUAUGAAUGAAGAUAAAUAACUAUAUAUUUAGAGACUAGAUAAUUAAAUAGGGAAAUUAGAAUAAUAUUUAAAUAUGAAAUCAGUUUCUGAAUUAAUUAAAUGA